GAUGGGUGGAGGCACUGGGACACCUCAGAGAGCCAGUGUCUUGCUGAGGGUGGAAGCAUCUUGUGCCUGCAGCCUCUGGAGCUAUGGGACCAGGGCUGCGAAGCCAGUCCUUUCGAGGGCCCCGACCCUCCUAUGCAAAGCUACAGGAACCCUGGGGGAGGCCGCUGGAGGGCCAAUUCCGCCGGGCGCUGAGCCUCAGAGAGGGGCGUGAGAAGUCCAGGUCCCAGGGCCUUGACAGAGGCACAGAAGGGCCAGAUGCCGCUGCUCAGGAGCAGCUGCCGGGUAGCCUGGGGGAUACAGAGCAGCUGAUCCAAGCCCAGCGAGGAGGCAGCCGGCGGUGGCUGAGGUGGUACCAACAGGUAAGGAGAAGGUGGGAAAGCUUUGUCAACAUCUUCCCCAGCGUGACUCUGAGUCAGCCGGCCUCCCCGUAGCCCACACUGGGCACCAUCAACUAAAGAUGCUGAAAGCCAUCGUGGUCCCCCUGCUGUGCCCGGACCAGCCUGCCGUGUCUGCUGACCUACCUAUCUUCACAGCUCUCUGAACUAUGGCUGGGUGGCCCAACGAGGCUUCUGCCACCAGCUCACUGGAGUCCCAUGUGGCUGCCCCUCUUAGCUCUGGCCUUCCCACCCCAGCAGCUAGCUCUCUUCGAAGACUCCAGCAGGGCCCAAAAGAAGGGGGUUCAGCUCUCUGCCCUCUGGGCUUGGGUAAGGGCCUUGGACUAAGAUUCUAUGAAGGUUUAGAAGGAGCCUGCCCAGCAUUGAGGCUGUGGACGCUGCUGCCCCGCACGAGACCGGCCGUCAACUUCCAGGACGGAGCUUGGUGAAGCCAGACCCAUGGCUGAGAGGCUCACGGAUGCUGCCUGGUCACUGGGCCAUGACCCAACUGCCCUUCUUGUCAGCUACUGAUGGGGGGCCAGGGCACAGGUCUCCCUCCCAGAUCGUGAGCCCCCUGGGGCAAGGACCACCGCUGGGCGGCCCUCAGAACUGGGCACCCUGUGCUGAAAAUCUCUAAACCUCCUGGUGUUCUGAUGAAGGCAGCAGGGGAAGCCUUCCCUCCGUAUGUGACAGAGGGGGAAAUUGAGGCCCAGAGAUUCUUGCUUUUGGCAUCUCUGGCCACACCCUGCCCCAUCCCCUGUCCAGCACUGGAAUUGAACACAGUAAUAAAGAUGCUGAGAAAAA